AUGGUGGAGAUGGCUCUUGGGUUGGGAGAAGAGAAAGGUCAUUGCCAGAAGGAGCAGAGAAGGCCAAACUUAGAUAAGAUCAGCUACAAUGGGAUUAACCGAAACAGAGUUGUUGGGGAAGGGGCAUCAGCUAAGGUUUAUAAAGGGUCUCUGUCAUCUGGUGGAGAAGUGGCAGUCAAGAGGUUUGAGAGGGCUGAUAAGAUUGGUUGUCUGCGGAGUCCUUUUACUACUGAGUUUGCAACUAUGGUGGGUUGUUUGCGACACAAGAAUCUGGUUCAGCUUCAUGGAUGGUGCUGUGAGGGUAAUGAGUUAGUCCUGGUAUAUGAGCUCAUGCCAAAUGGAAGCCUUAACAAAAUUCUCCACAAAAGCUUCAAUUCCUCAGUUGUUCUAUCCUGGAAGCAAAGACUUAAUAUAGUUCUUGGAGUUGCUUCUGCUCUUGCAUACCUUCACGAGGAGUGUGAGAGGCAAAUAAUACAUAGAGAUGUUAAGACCUGCAACAUAAUGCUUGAUGCAGAUUUUAAUGCCAAACUUGGGGAUUUUGGUCUAGCAGAAGUGUACGAACAUAGUUCCAUUGCAAGAGACGCAACUAUACCAGCUGGGACAAUGGGAUAUCUUGCUCCUGAAUAUGUUUAUUCAGGUGUUCCAACUGUUAAAACUGAUGUUUAUAGUUUUGGUGUGGUGGUGUUAGAGGUGGCAACGGGGAGAAAGCCGGUGGAGGAUGAUGGAACAGUGGUUGUUGAUUGGGUUUGGGGCAUGUGGGAAAAUGGGAAACUGAUUGAAGCUGCUGAUCGGAGGUUGAUGGGGAAGUUCGAUAUGGUAGAGAUGGAAGGAACGCUGAUGACUGGACUUGCUUGUGUGCACCCAAACCAUGUGAGGAGGCCAACAAUGAAGGAAGCAGCGAGGAUUCUUAAAGGCGAAGCGCCACUUCCUGUGUUGCCAGCAAGCAAACCAAGAGUGAACCUUUUGCCUGUUUUUCCUGAUGAUUCUGAAGAAAUCCCAAAUUUCUUUGGUCUUCGGCCCAGUCUUGAACUCGAUGAUGUACAAUAUUUGACCCCCAAGAGCCACUUUGGCAAGGAUUAG